CUUUGUGCAUUUGCUUAUCCUGUCAUGCUGUGACCUUCUCCCUUUGUGAUCCAUUCUUUCUUUCCUCCCAGCCUGUUUUUUUUUCCACUUCCCUCGCUCCUUUGCCUCUGCUUCUGCAGAUGUGGACAAAUUUCAGCCUGAGGGUUAAACAUUAGGUCCAUCACACGGCUGAAACUCCAGCUGGAGAGGAGGACAAACAGGAGGGAAGUGAAGCCGAGCUGCUGGCUGGGUCGUUUGGAGUGCUUCACCAUGAGGCAGCAGCCAGCAAACAUGGCUCGGACAGAUGGAAUCUUUCUCUGGGGAUAAUGAAGAAAGCGCCGAGGAAAUUACAAAACGUAAAAGCUCCAAAAUCAAGUCUCUAAAAACCCGUUUCUUCAGGAGGGGUAAGAAAACGGGCUCAGAGGCCGAUGCCAAGCUCAGCCAGUCGGCCAGUGAUAUAACAGCUGGAAAAGUACUUGGUUCAGAUGAAGAUUUAGCCUCUCAGGGUACGAUGGGAUCCAGAGCAUUUUCCCACGACAGCAUCUUUCUGGCUGAUGAGGGCCUUUCAGACCCUGAUCCAGUCCGGCUUUCAUCUCAGGAGAAUGUUCACAGCAAAAUUAAAUCUCUGCAGAUGAAGUUGCAGCUGCAGAAAAUGCAUUUCGGGCCACCCCCCAUGGUUCUACCAAUCAGGAGUCCAGAGGAAACCGCUCACAAGUCGGAGCACCUGUCUUUCCAAAGCUGUAAUGAAACUUUGGAAGAGGAAAACUUCACAAAGACAAAAUCUCAGCCAACCUCUCCUCCAGUCUCACCCGUCUCCAGAUUUGCCCAAACAAGAUUUCAUCCCCCAAUUCAGUUUUCUUACUCUGCACCCAACUACUGCUCAACAACUGCUGCUGAGGCCCCGGUAGACUUCAGCGCACCAGCCAAAUUCACCGCCUCUUUGGAUACAUCUGCUGCGCGACACAGGAUGUCCAUCAAACCGAGAAACCAAAGGGCCACUUCUAAGAGGAAGCCGCCUUCUGGGAUUCAAUCUGGGUCCCUUUUGCAUGAUCUCAGAACCACUGAUUACUUUGAGCUUGUGCAAGAACAAGAACAUGAACAAGAACAGGAGCUUGUUGUUCAACCAGAGGAAACAAAGGAGAAAGAACAGGUCGAUCCUUUCCAACUUUCUCCUAUAGAAUUUGAAGAUGUGCCCCCAAUUUUAUCUGAAGUUGUACCCAAAUUACCCAGUCCAACUGUUAGCCUGCAGGACAAGGCCCUUCCUGAGACAGAAGCCCCCCCAGUUCUUCGAGUCAAGCCUUCCAGGCUUCUGGAUGUAUUGAACAGUAAACGGCCGCACUCCUCCUACAUUGAGUCCGAAAUAAAGGAGAAAAUUGUCAAAGAUUUGGAAAGCAAAGUAAUGCCCCAAAACAAGAGACAUACCUUUAUUACCAGUGUGACAGAACUCUCCUCUGACCAGAGCUCACCCUUCAGCUCAUUGUUUGAAACCAGGGCAUCUCCUGCUCAGCAGCAGCAUCUUCAAAAAGAAGAGGACGCCUCAACAAGGUUAAAGAGACCAUCCCCAGGAUCCGGCUCGUUGUAUUUGCCCAGAAACAGAGAGGGAGAAAGACCUCGAUCUGGCAGCUUCACGGGAGUCCUAGAAAAGCCUGAAGCCAAGGCUAAAACAACUGAGGAAACAGAAGAGAAAAUCCCGAGAGAAAAGGAGGAAGUAAAAAUUUUACAUCCUAUAGGAGACCCCUGUGCUGCAGAAAGAACGGACUCAUCUCCCCCAUGGGAGAGAUAUUUUAGCUUUAAAAAAAAAGAACCAGGGACACCAGUGAGAAACGCUACCUUAGACACCAGCCUGGUGGAGGCAGUGAGAGUGGGAAGCACCCAGGAGCUAGUGGAUGAAGCCAAGGAGGCAAAAGAGCUUCCAGAGAGUGAAAUAAAGACACCAUUCGGCGUUAAGCUUCGCUCCACAUCGAACUCUUUCAAGCAUCGUUCUGAAACAGCUUCUCAGCGCCAUUCGGCAACGUUUCUGUCCGAUGACCAAGACGAUACAAAGAAAACGUCGAACAUUUGCGAAAGUUCCAAUCAAAUGUCUGAAAAGCUACAUGCAAACAUCAGCUGCUCGCUCAAAUCAUCAGAUCAAGCUCCUUUUGGCGUCACCCUUCCAGCAAGGCAUAACACUUCAUUUGAAGAAAGUCCUCAAACCACCCCCACGGAAGUCCAGCCAACCUCCUCUAACCAAAGGGAAACUGAGCCCGCCCCCCUGGAGCCUCGGCCUAGCCCCCAAACGUCCUCACCUGAGACCUCCUGGAUAAGUCUGGCCAUGCAAAAGACAAGGAGCUUCCAACAUCUUUUUACCAGCAGAUUUCAAAGAGAUUUUACUGCCGCACCAACUACAGUUUGUCCUAAGACUCAAGAAGAGACAACGCCUCAUAUGCAGAGUCAGGCUGUAAAGAUUCAACAAAACACAACACAGCUGCCGUUGGACCCAAUGAAGGACGAAUCAGUUCAAAGCGGUUGUCAAGAGCAGGCUGCCAAACCUUUAACAAGGGGGGGGUCAAAGAAGCUGACGCUGAUAUCUCAGUUUGAGUCAUACAGCUCUAAAGACUCUUCAAUGUGUCCACAAAUAAGCCAAGGUCAGACACAGCCUCAAUCAGACGCUCAGACCAGCCCCAGAACAACCCAGUCUCCCUCGCGCUCGUCUCCCCAAAUGGGUCUCUCAUCUCCAUUUACACGAGGGAAUGCACCACAUUCCUACUUGUCCUCAGUCCAGCAGGAAACCUCCUGGAGCAAUAGAGUUCUUCAACCUGUUGUCACCCAGCACAAACCCAUACAUUCAGCGCUGGAGUCAGAACCUGCAGUCACAUCGGCUGCAGCUCCUACUCUAGACUCUGCCUUGGAGAGAAGAGAGAGAGAAGGCAGUGUUCUAAAAGAGAGUCCUUCCCUCGUAAGCAAGCGGGUGCUGUGGACAGGAUCAGGGGUCGACAGAGCCCUCUUUCAGGAGAAACGAGGCGACUGUUCAAUGUCGCCGUUACUAAAGGAGUUGGAACAGAGGAAAACUCAAACACAAAUGCAGACCUUGGAGGACUCUGAUGCUUUGGCUACACUUUUCCCUUUAAGCAAAGAUACAGGGGAGAUUAGACAAGGGGCCAAAUCAGCAGAAUCAAGCCCCUUUAGGGUUUUAGAAAGGCCUCGUGAGGACAGAUGGACCCGCAGGAACGUGGAGUCACCCUCAUCCCCGUCUUCAAUGUCGCCAUUUCUAAAGGAGUUGGAACAGAGGAAAACUCAACCACAAAUGCAGACCUCGGAGGACUCUGAUGCUUUGGCUACACUUUCCCCUUUAAGCAAAGAUACAGGGGAAAUUAGACAAGGGACCAAAUCAGCAGAAUCAAGCCCCUUUAGGGUUUUAGAAAGGCCUCGUGAGGACAGAUGGACCCGCAGGAACGUGGAGUCACCCUCAUCCCCGUCUUCAAUGUCGCCAUUUCUAAAGGAGUUGGAACAGAGGAAAACUCAAACACAAAUGCAGACCUCGGAGGACUCUGAUGCUUUGGCUACACUUUCCCCUUUAAGCAAAGAUACAGGGGAGAUUAGACAAGGGGCCAAAUCAGCAGAAUCAAGCCCCUUUAGGGUUUUAGAAAGGUCUCGUGAGGACAGAUGGACCCGCAGGAACGUGGAGUCACCCUCUUCCCCGUCUUCUUUACGCUCUCAUUCUUCAGUGCCGAACAGUGACAGCGGCCAACCGUCCUGGAUGGAGCUGGCCAAGAGGAAGUCAAUGGCUUGGAGUGAUAAGAGCAUGCACUAAAAAGGGAAGCUGAGAGAUUUAAAGUUUCUCGGAAACCGGAACAAGUACUGCUUGAAAUGAGAGAAUAAGACAAAAGCUGAGUGAAGCUGCCUGGAAGGUGGUUAUCAGAUGUGGUUUAAAACCCUCCUUUUUAUUCAGUCACAAUGUUUUAUCGUUCUAGAAACAGAAAGAAAGACUGAACAAACUGACAUUUCUAUAUACUCCAUCUUUAUGAUAAGAUGUGUUUAUGAAUAAUUUGUAAUGAUGGCUAACAGAUUACUGCUGUAAAAUGUUUAUGGUAAAUAAUUAAAUUUUCUAAAGUGUCCAAGCUUCUUAUUUACAAAGACUAAACAAAAACAAAAAAAAUAUGAAUAAAGUUGUUAGUUUCUAUAAUGACCUCGAAAAAUUAGACUUAUAGCUCCACCUACAGGUCAGAAAAAGCUAUAAGUAUACUUAUUCUAUUUAUUUAAAAUAAGAAACAUGAACAUGGUUAAUAUAUUUCGCUGCUUUAUUACUGCUCUAUGUGUCAUGUGUGGAUUCACAUAAAAUGGUUUUCUCUGAAAUCUUAAUACAAAAAAGAUUAUGAGAGGAUUAUAGGUUUAACUACUAUGUUGUAUAGAUUAAAACACUGCAUCAUACAUGUGCUCAAAACAUCUCUAACUUUAUAUCCCUGAAGAAUGUGGUUGAGAUUUCAAGAGAUCAUUAAUUAUAUAAUUCUUUAUUAGUCAGUUGCAUAGUAAAUGACAGAAUAUGUUAUCAAACUUAUGCAGGAAAGAAUGUCUAAAAUCUUUUUUUUGCUUUUAAUAAGGUACUCACUUUGUUUAACAUCCAUUUUUCUGUAUGCAUCAAAUGUAUUGAGUGACAUUUGUGAUAUGUAACUUCUUUUUUAUUUACCAGGUAAUUAAUACUGUGCAAGAGGAAAACCUUUCCUCUGAUAGAGGACAGCCAUCAGCGUCAUGUCAAAAUGUGUGAAGUAAAACAAGCCAAAAAAAACGACAA